AUUUGCAAAUGAUUCAUUGUAAAGAAUCAAUCGAAUCGACUCACUGAAUCAAAAUUUACCUUACUGGUCGUGCUGUGACAUGAGCGAGCAGAAAGUUUGAUGUGAGGGAGGACAGGGGAGGAGUUGAACGUCUCCUAAAAACACCUCGAGCACUGCUGUCUUCCUCGAAAUGUUACUGCAGCGAACACCGACCAAAAUAACUUCACAGUGGGAAUAAGAGCAAGACUUUCUCCGCUAUGUUUGUUGUCGAGACUCGAGACUGUCACUUUACUUACAAACAUGGGUAGGAGACGACUCGUUUAAGGUCUGUCUUUCAAUACCGACAAUUUUACGUCCUGUUUGGGAUUUACUUUGGAGUUUUUUAGAACACUUGCAGCCGCUUAGAUGGAAGAAGAACCGCUGCUUGCUGGCAGUAUUAACCGGGGUUCAGGAGAUUAUGGAUCCCACGAUGAAAUUUGUCAAUAUUAUCCAGAUGAACACACGCCGAGAUCAAGACGACUGUCCUAUUCGGUGACUGACGAUUCGUGCAAUGUGGAGGAAGAUGCUGAUGCAGACCUUUAUGUCCAGCAGGCAGUGGUAUUCAUCGAAGAUGCGAUUAAGUAUCGAUCCAUUAACCACAGGGUGGAUUCUGGGUCCUUACGAUUGUAUAGAUGGUACUACUCCAACUUAUGUCAGUGGGGUCUGGGUUUAACUAUUGCUGUUGUACUGGCUUUGGCCUUUAUUGAGAGACCCUCCUCUCUAACCUACACCUCAGAUAUUCGUUUCAAACCCAAGCCCUGGGAGCCACCUUGUGGAAUGACAGAGGGGAUCGAGAUCGUCUGCCUUUGUGUCUUCAUCCUAGAUGUCACUGCGAAGGGUUAUCUGAUAGGAUGGGAGGAGUUUCGCAUGAACAAAUGGCUGUUGGCUUAUUUAAUAGUGAUCACAGCUUCGGUUAUUGAUUGGAUGUUAAGUAUUAGCAUGUUGUGCGAUGAGAAUUUAAGAGUCAGGAGACUGAUUCGCCCAUUUUUCCUCUUACAAAACUCUUCCCUCAUGAAGAAAACUCUAAAAUGUAUCAAAAGGACCCUUCCAGAGAUAGCCAGUGUGAUUCUUCUCCUGGCAUUGCACAUCUGCUUAUUCACCAUGAUUGGAAUGCUGAUCUUUGCCAAAUCAGAUGACCCGAAGCAGAACGGAGAAUGGCAGACAUACUUCAGAAACCUUCCCAAAGCCCUUUCUUCUCUGCUAGUGCUGCUCACCACAGCUAAUAACCCUGACGUUAUGAUUCCAGCGUACUCUCUGAACCGAGGCUAUUCUUUAUUUUUCAUACUCUUUAGUGUGUUUGGAACAUAUUUACUGAUGAAUCUAAUGACAGCUAUUAUUUAUAACCAGUUCAGGGGAUAUUUACUGAUGUCAGUUCAGACGUCUAUAAUCAGGAGGCGUCUGGGUAUCAGGGCUGCGUUUGAGGUGCUCUGCUGUCCAGGCCGAGGUCACACCAGCACUCAGGCAGAAGGCCACGUGGAGCGAGUGGCGGUGAGCAUGUUUCUGAAGGUCAUGGAGAGAGUUCACAUGAAGUCCUACUGCAGACAAGCUAUCAUUAAGGCCGCUCGGCGGUUUCCAGAUGGCUUCAUCAACGGCGAGGACUUCCAGAGGCUCUUUAAUGAGCUGGACAAGGAUUUUGUGAAAGAGCAUCCACCAAAGCCUGAGUACAGUUCUUCUGGCCUGCAGCAUAUCCAGUAUGUCUACAGUCACUAUUAUAUUUCUGUGCUUGGAAACGUUGUCGCUCUGGCCAAUGUCAUCUGCAUCUGUACUGUUUUGGUUCUGAAUGCAGAGAAAACUGCCUCAGAGAAAAAUUAUUUCUAUAUGGAGAUCAUAAACUGUAUUUUCAUCCUGUACUAUUUAAUAGAGAUGCUUCUGAAAAUAGUGGCGUUUGGAUGGAAAGGUUACCUGUCAUACAGGAAUAACAUUUUCGAUGGAUUUCUCACUGUUCUUUUGCUGGCAAUUCAGAUCGUCAUAUUCAUCACAUUUAAGAUUCCCCAUGUGGACGUGGAUCCAGUUCCGCGGCAUGUGAUGGCUUUGUGGGAGAUGAUACGACUUGUCAACAUGUUGAUCGUUUUCCGCUUCCUCAGGAUUAUUCCAGAAAUCAAGUUGAUGGCAGUGGUGGCCAGCACUAUCGUUGACCUGGUGAAAAACCUACGGGCAUUUGCUGGCAUUCUUCUGGUGGUGUACUAUAUGUUUGCAGUUCUUGGAAUCUGGCUUUUCCAAGGAGCUAUAAGUCCUCCAUCAAACAUGAGUCUGGUCUCCAACUCCAGCUUGGAGAACAUCACAGGGCCCUUCAGCAUGGAAUGUGGCACUUUUGAACAGCUAGAAUACUGGCCAAACAACUUUGAUGACUUUGCUUCGUCUCUGAUUCUGCUGUAUAACAUCAUGGUGGUGAAUAACUGGCAUGUGUUCACAGACGCAUAUGCCAGAUACACUACAGACUGGUCUCUGGUGUACUUUGUGGUCUGGUGGUUGACAUCUUCAGUCAUGUGGGUCAACCUGUUUGUGGCACUCAUUUUAGAGAACUUCACCUAUAAGUGGGACCGCAGUAACGGUUUGUCUGUUGAGGAUGUGGAGAAGAUUGCCUAUCAAAGCACUGUGCAGCUUAUGUUCAAAGAGCACGUCAAAGAGCCGACAGAAGAGGAGUUACUAGCUCAACUACAUCAACAUCCUCAUCUCCACCUCUCCUGGUGACCCUCUCACCUCACCCUUUAAUACAUAAUUACACAUACCCACAAUCCUCCAGGACUCCAUCACGUCUGUGUAGGCCUCAUGUUUACACAUCCAUCCAUUUUGGAGAGCCUGUUUCCCAUUACGGGAUCUGUGUUGCUUCAGGUCAGCCUGGGAAAGGAUGUGUGUAUGUGUUUUCUAGCACAAUUAAUGUUCUGAGAAACUUCAGUUUAUAAUGUAUAGUCUCUAGUUCUUGUUUUAUCCUCAAGACAACCUGUAAAUGAUGGUAGCAUAAGUGGUUUUGAUUUAACCUUAAAAAUUAAAAUUAAUUUGAGUUUGAGAAACCAAACAACUUUUUUUUUUUUUUUGUCGUUUAAUGAUAACAAUGGAUUUAUUUAUUUUUGUAAGCCUGUUACAGUCUAUAGAUCUGUUGAUUGUUUGAGAAAUCAUGGGAAAAAGGGACAAUUAACAUGUACUUUUUUUUUUAAAGCUGUGUUUUUAAUGAUUUGUAGAUUCAAUAUUUUUGACGUCCAUUUUGUUUGUUCAGGGCCUUUAUUUAUGCUAGGUUUUACUGUAUGUUGUACAGAAAUCUUAAUCAGUUAAUCUCUCAAGGAAAAACUUUCAAGUCCAGAUCAUAUUUCAUCUAGCAAACAACCAAACAGAAAAAUCUGAAUUUGCUAAUAAUUGCAUUUAAUUUCUGCAAUAAUAUGUAAUAUUUGCUCAUUGCAUGCUGAUAGUAGGACUGAGAACUGUGACGUUUCUUAUCAUGCGAAUGCUAUGAUGUUAAAGUCUAUACAAACUGGGCUUUGUUUAACCUCCGUGAAGUUGGCACCCCAUAAAAACAAAUAAUCCCCAAAACUUUGCUAUUCGUUUGUGCUGAUUUGUGCCGCAAGAACGGACGUUUGUGGCGGUUUGGGGUCUGAGAUAUUAAGCACUAUUUUUUUGACCGUGUGACGUCACUUUCCACCCCAUGUUGCUCAAAUGACUUCAAAUCAGCACAGGUCAUUUGUGCUCGAUUUGUGCUGUUAAAACAAACACGGUAUCUGUUUUCCUCAUUUAGAUGUAAGCAAAAUAUUUCGGGAGGCGUGACGUCACUCUCCACCCCAUUUCCUCUAAAUCGGGCCAAACUGGUGUCAUUCGUUUGUCUUUCAAAUCAAAACGGUCAAAAUAACAUCCUACAUCAUAUGCUAAAAACGCAGUGUUUAACAAUUAAGGGAAUGCAAAUAUUUUAUAUGAUUAUUAUUAUUAAUAAUUGUAAUCAAUUAAUCAAUUAUUUUUGUUUUGUUGCCAUUUGGACCUUGUUCUUUUACGGUAUGACAAACAACACAAACCAGCACAAAUCGAGCACAAACGACCUGUGCUGAUUUGAAGUCAUUUGAGCAACAUGGUGUGAAAAGUGACGUCACACGGUCAAAAAAUAAUGCCUAAUAUCUCAGACCCCAAACUGGCACAAACGAAUAGCAUAGUUUUGGGGAUUAUUUGUUUUUAUGGGAUGCCAACUUCAUGGAGGUCUUUGUUUACUGUAUGUGCAUUUUUUGUGAAUUAUGACCUGGACUGUUUGACAAUGACUUGUUUAUUACUGGAAGCAUUCGGCUUUUCAGCCAUAUCAACAAAUGAUUUUGCUUUAAUCAAUACAUUUGCCUGAAUAUUGCUAUAAAUACACUGAAUCCUGGUUGAAUUACAGCA